CAGAUUUCUGAUUUCGUUCAAACUCAUCUAAUUAUUCAUCUUCUAUUAAUAGCUAAAUCGUAUCAAACCUUCAACUUACUAUCCAUUCUACUCAAUAACAUCCAUCCCCCUUUAAAAAGGAAAAUCUAGAAAAUGAGUCAAGAACUUCAACAAAGUCUUUCGUGUGAAUCUGAUUCGAAUUCGAAUUCACAUCAAGAAUUCAAUUCGAUCUUCACUACUAUCAAAGAAGGUUUACAUGGUUCUAAAUUUAUUGAAUGUAUAGAUGAGAACGAUUUCAAGGCGCUGAAACUAGAACAACCAGUACGAGCUUCCAAACAAAUCCAACAUUUGUCGACUCCAUUACAACAUUCACCAAUCCAACACAACAAUUCGAUAGGUAAAUUCGUUCGUAGAUUGAGUACCAAACAUUCAACUCAUUGUACUCCACCUAAAACGACGCCCAACUCAACCAAAACCAUUCAUACACCUACAUCCAAUCCGAUCAUCAAUCUAUCACCUUCACCUUUGAAUCGGUUAUCAGUCAAAAGCUUUUUAGAUACUAAACGACACUCCUUGAGCCAUAGUUUGGGUUCCACUAAUCUUGGCCAGAAUUCCAAUUCGAAUCCUAAUGGCAAUCCUAGUUCGAGUUCGAACUUUUCCAAGUUACCUCAGUUUAUCAAUCGACGGAGAUCUACUCCUAAGUCAAGUAAUAGCAAAUCAACCGAUUCAUCAAACCCAACCCACCAUCCAUCAAACCAUCAACACCAUUCCUCAAUGCCCAUCAAUUCGAUCAAACUACAAACCUCACCGACCUUGAUCCCAACCACAACACCAACCCAUCACUUAAUCUUAUCAGCUCCACCCUCAACUCUAACAUUUUCAAUCUCGACCAAAUCCAACGAAUCAUCCAAACCAUCGAACCAUGUAGCUCCCCACCAAAAAACACCAUAUCCUUCAAUCAGUCAACGACCUCCUUCAGAUCCAUCACUUUCGAUUGCAAACCUUUUGGAACUUUAUGAAACUCCUCCACCGGUCUUUGAGGUCUUGGGUAGAGGAGAAUUUAGAAGAAGAUCAGUUAACUUUCAACAUUCAAUCUUACAAUCUGAUUCGAAUCUUUCAGAGAUUUGAUGGGACCAGUUGGAUUGAGUUGAGAUUUUGUUUUGCAACAACACGAACACUUGGUUGAUGAUCACCAACACGCUCAUGGGUUUCUUUUUCUCUGUAUUUUAUUCGUCUUUAUCUUUAAUGCUUUUGAUGGUUUCUUUUGAAUCGUUUCUUUUGAAUUACCAAACCGGUUGGAAUGUUUCUUUCUUUCUUUUUUCUUUUAAUUUAUGUGUAAUCUUAGUUUGGAAUCGUUGUACUAUGAUGAUGAUGAUGAUGAUGAUUAUCAUCAUCUUGUUGUUGUAAUCGUAAGAAAAAUGGAUGGAUGAAUGGAUCGUUUUUUUCCCUUUUCACGAACACUUUUUUUUUGGAUUUGUCUUUCGAUUUUCCCCUUUCUUUGUUACUUCUUCUUUUCAAUUUAUGAGUUUUGUAAAAUGAUGUAAAUAUAAUUGUAUUAUAAUUUUUCAAUUCAUGAUUCUUAUUUCAAUUUUUUUUAUCCUUUAUUUUAAUUUAUAAUUGAAUUUUAAUUUUAUUUUAUUUAAAAAAAACAAAUUUGUAGCCUUUUUCUUUUUUUUUUUUUUGAUUUCUUUUUGUAAAAAUAUAUAAAGAACAUGAACAAUUUCUCC